GCUGAGAAUCCGCUGACAGCCAGCGAGCUGAGUGUGGGAAAGUUAUCGCCUCUUCGGUGCAGUCUCAUCGGCAUGGACAAGGGGAGAGCAGUAGCACCAUCAGCCGGGAAGACCGCAGCUCGCCCCACGCCCAAAGCCCGCUUUGACAUCUGCCCUCAGUUUCUCCUGGCAAGUUUAGCGGAGGGGAAUAAUAGCACAUUGAAUUAGUUAGACGGCUGUGGCAGUAACCGAGACGAGGAAUCUUGAAACAUCUACAAUUCUGGAUUGCAACGAUUUAGUUUUUUAACCAGGCAGAGACUGACCAUGGCUGAGGAUUCAGAGAUGACUGGAGAGAUAAACUGGAAAGACCGGUGUAUGACUCUUGAGUCACAACUGCUCAAGUUUCGUGUGCAGGCCAGCAAAAUUCGAGAGCUUCUUGCAGAGAAGAUGCAACAGUUGGAAAGACAAGUAAUUGAUGCCAACCGUCGUGCUGAGAAGGCUUACCAGCAGGUUUGUGUCAUGGAAGAGAAGCUAAAAGUAGCCAACAUCCAGACUGGUGAAUCAGAGAAUAAGCUGUUUAAGAGCUGUCAGGAGCUGGAAACUCUUAUACUAGAAAAAGAUGAUAUCAUACAACGUUUAGAGCUACAGCUGGAUGAACAGAAGCACCUGCGGAUGCAGGAGGCCAAAAUAAUAGAAGAGAAAGCAGCUAAAAUCAAGGAUUGGGUGACAAUGAAACUUCAGGAGCUUGAAACGGAAAAUCAGAGUUUUAAACUUACUAACCAGCAACAGGUGGAACACAUUCAGAUCCUUCAGACCAAAUUACAAGCUCUAACAGGGAAUCGAGGACAAAAAACAUCAUCUGACUUGAGCAAAACAUCAGGGGAAGCACAACGGCUCAGCAGCCUAACUUUUGGAUAUUUUAAAGGAAACCCCAGAAGUCUACAGCAGAAUACCCUUGAACCAGAGUCACUGAACAUAAAGUUUACAGAAAAUGAAAUGAACAAGAAGCCACAAGUUAAUUCUGUUCAAAAUACUGGAACAGAUCAAAGGGGCUUUGCUCAAAACCAUUGUGUACCUGAACUACAAGAUAGAAAAAGACUACAGAUUUUAACAAAAGAUGACACAACCUUUAAAUCUUUAAAUGAUGGUAGUUCUGAUGAAGAAGAUGAGAGGAAAAAGCAUCUAAAAUCCAAAUGUUUGUGCAACAUCUCGAAUCACAUUGGGAGUGACACCUAUUUGACAGCAUCUGAUGACAAUAACUCUGCUUUUGAUGAUGAGAGUGCAAUAAUUCAGCAAACUGAACAAGAACAGCCCUUUCAAGCUGCAAAUACUGAAACACUGCAAGUAGUGGAUUAUUUUCCAAGCAUAAUAAUGAACUCUAAAACAAUGAUUAAAGGAAUGGAUCAUGAUACUUCUGCUGAUGAGUUGAACAAGAAAUUUGAAUCCCAAAGACUAGAUUCUUCAUCAUCAUCCAGUGGAACAAAUACUCCAAACCUAAUUCUUACACCAAAGCAUCUAAUCCCUGUAACUACCACUAAUGAUCAGACCAUGCAGUCCUCAAUUGGGGCAAAUUCAUCUUCUAACCUAGCACCUCCAAGGUUACGGACUCCUAAUGUAUUUAAUGUAAGCAUGGCCAAAUCAAAGAAACAUUUUAGCCAACCACAAUUAAGUACUGAUCAUCUGUUUGGCAGAAACCGAAAUGCCAUUAGUAUGGUGAGGCCAAUUUGUCAUGAAGAGACGGACAUCGAUAUCGAUGAAGGUGGAGAUGAUAUUCUGGAGAAAAUGGAAACUGGCCUUGAUGAGGAAAUGUUUUUGUAUGAUUCAUCUGAAGGACAAAUUAUAGAGGAGAAACCAGAAACCGGAGACACAGCGAGCAAAGUUUCCACCAGCAAGCCACCAACUCCUCCUCUACACAGAUUCCCUUCCUGGGAAAACAGAAUUUAUGCAGUGGCCAAGUCAGGUAUGAGGAUGUCAGAGACUGUUUGUACGGACCCAAGUAACAAAUGCACUAGCUUCAUGUCUUCAAAUUCAACAUCAGAAUCUUACACCAGCUUGAUUUAUAAGAGUGUGACCUCUCCAGUUUACACUAUUUUGAAAGGGAAAGCUGCUCAGAUUAGUACAAGCCCUUUCUCAGAUGAGCUAUCCGAAACUGAAGAAAGUGACAGCUCGAGAGGAAGUUCCAGGACUUCAUUGACAGGAUCAGACUCUCGCAAAGGCAGUAGUCCAAGCAGUCCACGGGCCAUGAAACGAGGAGUAUCGAUGUCUUCUAUGACUUCAGAAAGUGAUUACGCUAUUCCACCAGAUGCAUACUGUACAGACACAGAAUGUUCUGAGCCAGAACAGAAACUUCCAAAAACAUGUUCUUCCCAUUCCAUUGAUAGUGGCAAAAAUGAACCUUUAGAAAAGUCUGGAUAUUUGUUAAAAAUGGGAGGAAAAGUGAAAACAUGGAAACGGCGAUGGUUUGUCCUUAAAGGUGGUGAAUUGCUGUACUACAAAUCACCAAGUGAUGUCAUCCGUAAACCACAAGGUCAGAUUGAGCUCAAUGUCUCAAAUCACAUUGUCAGGUGUGACGGGAAACAAACAAUUCAGCUCAUUACAGAAAAGAAGACAUACUACCUGACUGCAGAUUCUCCAAAUAUUCUUGAGGAAUGGAUUAGGGUUUUGCAGAAUGUGUUACGUGUCCAAGCUGCCAGCCCUCUUUUCACACAGCCAGAUGUCAAGCCAUCAAUUGAAGGUUUACUAACCAAGGUAAAGCAUGGUUACUCCAAGAGAGUCUGGUGUGCACUUGUUGGAAAAAUUCUUUAUUAUUUCCGUAAUCACGAAAAUAAGUUCCCAUUAGGUCAGAUAAACUUGGUGGAAGCAAGAGUCGAAGAAGUAGACCGAUCGUGUGAUUCAGAUGAAGACUAUGAGACGAGCAGUUGUAGCCUUCUGUCCACACAUUACACAAUUUCUAUAUAUCCCAAAGAGCAGGGGCCAACCUAUCUCCUCAUUGGCUCCAAACAUGAAAAGGAUACCUGGUUGUAUCAACUAAUUAUAGCUGCAGGCAGCACUAAUGUAAAUGUGGGAACUGAAUUUGAACAACUCGUUGGCAACCUGUUUAAUGCAGACAGUGAUACCUAUUCCCAGUUGUGGUCACACCCUACCCUGUGUUAUAGUAAAGAUGGAAUAGCGUCUCCUCUUACCACACUACCAUCGGCAGCUUUACAGACUGAAGCGCUCAAAUUGUUUAAGACUUCUCAGUUAUUCAUCAAUGUUGCUAUUGAUGCCCCUGCAAUUGAUUAUCAUGUAUCACUGGCUCAGAGUGUUUUACAAGUGUGUCUCACACAUAAAGAGUUGCAAAAUGAAAUCUAUUGUCAAAUAAUCAAGCAAACAAGAAAGCGACAAACCCAGAACCAAUCUGCAUGUAUACAGGGAUUGCAGUUCUUGGCUCUGUGUGUUGGUCUUUUCCUUCCUCAGCAUCCUUUCCUUUGGUUGCUCAAACAUCACCUGCAGCAAAAUGCAGAACCUAGGACGGAAAUAGGAAAGUAUGCCAUAUACUGCCAACGGUCAAUGGAGAGAACACAGAAAAAUGGCGAUCGUAUAUCAAAACCUUCCAGGAUGGAAAUCCUAUCAAUUCUCUUGAGAAAUCCUUAUCAUCAUUCCUUACCUUUCAGCAUUCCUGUCCAUUUCAUGAAUGGCACAUACCAAGUUGUGGGAUUUGAUGCAUCAACCACAGUGGAAGAAUUUCUUCACACUCUGAAUCAAGACAUUGGCAUGAGGAAACCAACGCAGUCUGGAUUCUUUCUUUUCACAGAUGAUCCCUCAGGAAAUGACCAAGAACACUGUCCUCAAGGAAGCAUAAAGAUUUGUGAUAUAAUAUGCAAAUGGGAGCAGGCUUCCAAGGAACAGCAUCCUGGCAAAUUUGAGGGAACUAGGACUGUCCGGCUCACCUAUAAAAAUAGGCUCUACUUCUCUUCUCAAGCUCGUGGAGAGACGGACAGAGAAAAACUAUUGCUGAUGUACCAAACAAAUGUUGAAAUUGUAAAUGGACACUUUCCUGUAAACAAAGAACUUGCAUUAGAAAUGGCAGCACUACUAGCUCAGGUGGAGUUUGGAGACUUUGAACGACCAUUCUCAAGUCCAGCCAGUCAGGUCUCAGUGCAAUCCAAAUCAAACCAAACUCUGAAGCAAGUAAUAGAGAAAUUCUAUCCAAAAAGAUACAAACAAGGCUGUACAGAUGAACAAAUUAAACAGCUAUGUCAGCGACUUUCAACUAAAUGGAUGGCUCUUCGAGGACGUGCUACUGCUGACUGUGUGCGCAUUUACUUUACUGUAGCCAGGAAAUGGCCGUUUUUUGGAGCAAAACUGUUUACAACAAAGCCUGUUGCUCCACCACUAUCUGACACUGCACCCGUUUGGUUAGCUGUGAAUGAGAAUGGAAUCAGCACUUUGGAAUACAAUUCUAUGCGCUUGAUAACAACAUAUGCGUACAAGAAUAUCAUGACCUUUGGAGGCUGUUGUGAUGAUUUUAUGCUUGUAGUUGGAAAAAUAGCAGAUGGUGGAUGUACUAAAAGCAAACAAACACAAAAGCUCCUGUUUUCCAUGGCUAAACAAAAGAUUCUAGAGAUCACUUUGCUGACAGCCAGUUAUAUUAAUGGUUUCCAUCAUCAGAAAGGGACAGUUCACCACAUGUCACUUCCAUCUUCACUUUCUGUUCACACGGGAGGACACAAAUUAAAGAACAUGGGAAGUCAGCCAUUACUUUCAUAUUCCAGGCCAACGAAAGAACCAACAUUGUUAUAAUAGUUUAAGUGUUGAAAUAUUUGCUACACAAUGUUAAAAUGUGUCCUUACCUGUGCCGAGAAAAACAAUUUGAGGUUUGUGUGCAACUCACCAAACAUGCAUAUCUGAAAUUUUAAAUCAAUUUCAGUUAGUUCCCAUUGUGUCAUGCAGGAUAACAGAAGUAGUUCUAGCAAAUGAAUAGCAAAACAUUUAUAGGGGUUAUGUCAAAUAACUGGGAUUCAAGUUCUCCUGGUCAAAGGACUUCCAACUACAGAGGAACUUCGAUUAUCCGGCAUUCAAUUAUCCGAAUUUUGGAUUAUCCAGCAAGAUCGCAUGGUCCUGAUGCUUGGGUAUCAGGCAUUCAAUUAUCCAAACUUUCAAUUAGCUGACAAAACACUUCCCGCUCAUGUCAUUCGGGUAAUUGAGAUUCCUCUGUACUGAGAGCCACAUACUUUUGGUUGUGACCUCUAAAACAGUUCAUGCUCUCAUUGAAAACAAACAAUAGGCUUGCUCUGUCUGAACAUAUGGUUUUAAUUUUAAUCAAAUGUCUAUUAUUUCCUUUGUUUUGUAGCAGAACUAUCAUUGUAAUUUGAUAGGUCAUUUAAUCAAUUGUGGUACAAAUUCCUCAUAAGCAAUUUUUCCUUAUCAUUUACUUGUGAUAAUUUUUCAAGUACUGUAACACAUUUUUACAUUUCUACAUUUUCAUCCCAAACCAUAAACCCUACCUCUAUUUAACAAUUUUAUUGGUAUUGGUGAAUAAUUAUGUAAUUUUUAUAACGUACAUCACCAACCACUAACCUUCCUGUCCUGAACACAAAUUAUCAUGCAACAAGACUGAGCCUAUGUUUAAAGCACAGGGAUUGUAGGUUUUCUAAGGCAUGAGAUACUACAGAUGAGAAAGAUAAUUCACUUAGUUUAUCCUAUACAGCCCUAUAAUUCUAUCUCUACAGAAUCCAAAUAUUUCUUAAAUUAUUCCAGAAUUUAUGCUUCUACUAAGCUACCUAGAAUUUCUCUUUGAGUUGUUCAUCAUUGUGAAGAAGAACCAUCUGACAUCAAUAAUUUUUUUAAAUGUAAUCAUAAUAUCACAGCUUGAAGUUUUCCAAAGAGGUACAUUUUUAUACCAAUACAAAGUUCUCUCUAAGGAGGCCACUUGGUCCUUUUUUAAUUCUAAAAGGCUUAUCUGUCCAGCAUUUCCACCCCAAAUAAAUACUCCAAACCAGAUUCCUAAAUAAAAUUGUAUCAUAUUGCACUUCAUUGUAUCAAUUCAUUCAUCCUUGUACAUUCCUUUUUCUUUCCCUCUGCAUUCUGGGCAUCCUUGCCUGUCAUCAGUCUUCAAAACAGCGUUGUCCAUGGCUGGUGGAAAACUGCUGAUUUUCAGUUGAGAAGACUACAGCUGGUCUUAGAAUACAGCCUUGAGCAGCUCCCAAACAUUACUGUAGACUCUAUCUUGGCAUGGGUCGUGACAGUCCAUAAAUGCUGGCUAGCUGAUGGGCAACAAUAAAAGGAUUUGCAGAGUGGUAGUGGUGGGAAAACACAUGCUACUUUCGCAAGACAAGAUAACAACAGAGUAAUCAGAGGAUAAAUUACUGUAAAACCCUGUCCACAGCUUAAGAUGGCAAAAAACUGAAUUGCAAUCUGAUCUUUUACUGAGAUGUUGGUACUGCAGUGGAAGCUGCACACCACCAAUCAGAAUCUACUAUAUGUUUGGGCAAAUUGAUUUAUCUAAUAUUCCCAUGUUGGAAAAAAUAACCUUCGUACUCUGCAAAGCUCUUUGUUGAACAAAUGCUGGACUUCUCUAUGCUCCUUGACAUUAACACUUUCUGACAGGAUUCUUAAUGCAUAUCUCUUUGUUGAGGUCAGAAAACAAUGGCAUGAUGCUCGGCAGUAAGGUCAUUGUCCUAGAGGACAGAGGAGGAAGAUUUGGAGAGUUGGUGUUCAGCCUUUGCAAGGCAGAGUUUAAUUCACCAGACAACAACUGCAAUCUUCUUGAAAGCAAGUUUCAGUAGAUCAGGAUUUGAUUUGAGAGAAAAAAAUGCAGCAAUAUCUGAGGAAUCAGGUUAGGGUGGGUGAUGACAGCAGGCAAAUUGAAACAACCAAUGUGUUUUGAAAAAUAAAUAAAAAUGUGUAAUGUGUGUUGUGAUUCACUUGCUAAUUAUUGAAAAUUCAAUUAACUUCGGAAAAGAGAUAGCAAAGCUUUUAAGAAAAGAAACAAAUCACAUUUUGUUGAUGAACAAACUUGGCUUGAAAGAAGAAGGGUAAAAAUCUUCGACACAGUCCAUCUUCCGCAACUACACUGGCACCACCCCCCACCUUUUCCUCCGCUACAUCGAUGACUGUAUCGGCGCUGCCUCGUGCUCCCACGAGGAGGUUGAACUGUUCAUCAACUUUACUAACACCUUCCAUCCCGACCUGAAAUUCACCUGGACUGUCUCAGACUCCUCCCUCCCCUUCCUAGACCUUUCCAUUUCUAUCUCGG